AAACGCCGAACGUCAAUGUCAAAACUGACUGUCAAAACUCAAAACUGAGCGAUUGUGUGGCGAUGGAACUUCGUUGUGAAAAACAAUAAAAAUGUUUAACAAAGUGCUGCAACGUGCCUUAAAAUUCCGUUUGAAAAAAAGUUAUCCCACGAAUAUUUAUGAUUUGUCUCGUGGGUCAGCCAUCGCGGUCUGUCGGCCGUAUAGCGACGAAGUGCGUCGGGCGCAGGCACAGAGCGUUGCCGCGCCGGGACCUACUAUAUUCGACAAGAUAAUAUCGAAAGAGAUCAAAGCUGAUAUAAUUUACGAAGAUGAUCAGUGCUUGGCCUUCAACGACAUCUCUCCCCAAGCCCCGGUGCAUUUCCUGGUGAUUCCUAAACGAAGGAUCCCGAGGUUACAAGACGCGGAACAGAAUGAUAUGGAACUGCUUGGCCACUUGAUGCUGGUGGCUCGCUCCCUGGGCGCUGCGCGUGCGCCGUCCGGCUGGCGACUGGUCGUCAACAACGGUCGCGACGGAGCCCAGUCUGUGUACCAUCUGCAUCUGCACGUCAUGGGCGGGAGGCAGAUGGGUUGGCCGCCCGGGUAGGGAGGUAGACGGGUUGGAUGGUAGGCGGGUAGGUGAAGAUGCCCUGGUAUUUGUAGUAAAGGAAAGAACACACUUGUCAUGCUAUACCUGAAGUUCGAAAUGUUGUUAUUUAAUACAUAUUUUGUAUUCCAAAAUGUAAUAAUGGAAACUUUGAUGUUUGGAUUCAGAAAUAUGACUUUUAUCUUCAACAUUCAUCAAUUUGUAUAAGUAUCAUAUAAGCAAAAAUGCUUUUAUACAUACAUAUGUACAAAAUACAUGAAAAUUUAAUUUAAUUACGUCUGAGUUAUUAAAUUUCAACCUAGUCUUACCUCCCAGUAAUGUUUAAAGGCACAUGACUACACUGAUAUGAUUAAGUUUACUCUCGACAUUCUUCGCAAAACAAAUAUUUGUAUGAACACUAGGUAUACUUGAAAUAUUCGCUCACUUAUGAAAAUGCGUGUGGCAAUGUGUUCUUGUCUUUAUAUUCUGACAAUCAUAGCAAUGGCUAGCAAUACUCUUUUUAAGUAUUUGUUGUUUAAACGGCAACAGAAAUACAUCAUCUGUGUAAAGUUCAACUGUCUUACUAUCACAGUUUAUAAGAUACAGCCUGUUAAUAGACAGAUCACGGAGUCUUGGUAACACGGUACCGUUUUACCCUUAACGGAACUUCAAUAAUAACUUAAAACCUUUAUACAUACUUACUUACAGGUCAAACUCAGUACUUUCUUUUUUGUGUCGGUUAAAGCACUAAAACCUUCUGAAUGUAACAAAUACUUUCAUGAAAACCGCAUCGAAAUGGCUCCAGCCAAACGCGAGAUAAUCGCGGACAAACAUAAAAAUAGAUCAAACAGAGAAACUUAUUUUUUGAAGUACGUUAAAAAAAAUAACAGGAUGUCGUUAAGUAAUUUCCAGUUUAAGACAGUUUGCGAAUCUAAAAAAACCAUGUUUGAAUAUCAAUUUUUUUGCAUGCUACGCUGUUAAUUUGCCAAGUACGUUUUUCACGAGAUUAUUUGCGCAAUGUUUUCUAAUUACGUCACUAUACCUAAUGCGGUAACGUUGACGCGAAUAUGACGCUAGCCGUUGAUAUGAAUGUUAAAACAAUUUGAUUAAGCUAUGUUGAGUAAGCGUAGAAUUCACGUUGAUACGGCACGUUAAAACGUAGAUUGUAAAUUGCAAUACUAUAGAAUCUACGUUAUGCGUAUGUAAGGAGUUUAUACAAUUGAGUUUAUGCUAUUAGUCCCGUCACCCUAAUACUACGCAGAUAUUAGGCAUUAUACCAAUACAACGCUGAAUAAAAAGUCGCUCAUAUGUUAAAAGUAUAUGACUAAAUAAUUUUCAAAAAGUAGGUACUUUUUCGUAAGAAUCGCGUAAAGAAUAAUGAAAAUGAUACAGUAAGUCGAAGUCUCCUGUGACGUCACUUACCAGUAUACUCCUUUACUGGUGAGUGACUCUACUAGCCCCCACUUACAUGUUCGCCAUCUUGGGUGCGUUUUGUCUUUUCGUGAUUUUGUUUUGAUUGGAUAAGGUUAAAAAUACUUAUCCAAUAUUUUUUCGUAAUCUAUUUGAGAGACAGGAAAGAUUUUUUAGUCAAAUACCAUAUUGAAAAACGGUAAAAACACUUUACGUAUAUUUACGUGAAUUCUACGUUUACGAUAUUAAAUAUUUAUAUUGUUGUAAUAUUGGAAAAGAGGAAUUGAUUAAGAAUAAAAUGAAGCAUUAAUUUGCAAUUUUAAAGAAGUUGAUAAUUAUUCUUUCCGUAUAGAAAUACAGACCAAAUAAUAUUAUAGACAUUGAAUUUGUAUCUGUCUAAAUAUUUCUUAGUCUGUAUUUCUAAAAUUAUUCAACUAUUUUUCUUUUUGUUUGAUUUUAGUAUUUUCUUUUUGUUGCAUCAAAAAGAUAAGUUACUUUUUCUAGUUUUAGUAUUAGUGUGAUCCUGUCUAAACUAUGUCUAACCUAGUUUAGUAUCAGGUAGUAAUACUAAAGGAUUUCUGGAAGAUUGAUCAGCACAACUAUUAGUAGAUCCCUCGUUAAACGAUGAUUGUUUUUUAGCUUUGACUAUUAAUCACAAUUCAGUAGGUCUACUGCAUUUUAGAGUAAUAUUGGGUGUGUAAGAGAGAUGCCUCUACACGCCGUUUAUCGCUCUGUCUCGCUUUCGCUACAAUAAUAAUAUUACUUUAAUGAAUAAUAAGUUAUGUUGAUCAAUCUCUCAGAGAUUUUGUAUAAUUGUCAUCUUUACACCAAAUCACUUAAGCUUAAUACACGAUGUCAUAAAAAAGUGCCUUAAAUUAGACAUUUAGUGCCAAAAUAUUGACUUCUCGAGAUCCGUAACAGUUGAAAAUCGGCAGAAAAUGUAUUAAAUUUUGAUAUUAAGGGUGUAAACAAUUUUGCCAUCCAUCCGUUUCCAAGCCUCGAGAAGCGACGCUUAACUUAAGUGUAAUCGCAUAAAAAUCGUGUCAUAAUGAAGCCAUUGGUAUUCGUAGUUAGAUGUUAGUGCAAUACAGUUGCCAAAUUAUGUUUAAUUAUUAGAAAAGGCGGGAAAACGUCAGUCGGCCAUUUUGUUUCAGUUAUCAAAAUGGAGAUCUGUUAUUAGUCGACUGGCGUUGGUUUAGGACUAAAGUGACAGUUAAGCAAGUACAGUCGCUUAGCUACUAUCUCUUUCGCACGAAAGUGAAUUUCCGCGGGUGUGAAGGAGACAGAUAUAUGUCUAAGUGAGGGUAGUUGCUUAGUGUUGUCACUAAGUGUCGACGCGACACCACAGUUUGAUGUCUUCUGCUUACCACGACAGGGGGCGGUAGUGAGAUCAAUUGAACUGGCAACACUUGACAGUAAAAUCCUUUUCUUAAAUAGAAUUUUCGAAAUACCAGUGAUGAUUUUCAUUGAAUCUAAUUUUUGUCUCAAUUUAGUUUUGUAAAGUAAAUACCAAAAACCUAGUAAUUAUUUAAUUUAUAUUAUUGUAUGAUGCCUAUGGACGUCAGUAUUUUAAAUCCCUUACCGUAUAAGUAUUAAAAAAACCCUGAUCCUUCUAUUUAUAAUCUAUAGUACUUUCUGAAGUUUCUACAACUACGUCUUACUUAUAAAUUAAUUUAAAUAGUUCUCUGACUCAUAUACCUCAUUUUUUUAGUAAAUUCAAAUAAUUAGAAAUUAGUUUUUAUAGCAAUAAGUCCCUCUAGUCUCCUACAAUAUUAUAAAUUAUUUAUUUUAUUAAAAAAAUAACUGUCACAAAGUCACUUGCUCAAAGUACUGUCUUAAUUUUUCUAAGACACUGCAAAAACGGUGAAUUAAACAUAGUAAAGACACCUGAAUUACGUAUGUUAGAAUUUAUAAUCACCCGCAGUGAGCUAGCGUGGUGAUCAAUGCUCAAACCUUCCCUAUACGGGAGGAGACCUAUGCCCAACUGUGGGAUUCAAAUGCUGGUAUAAUUAUUAGUCACAAACCGUUCCCUGGUACCAAAGAGACUGAUGCUCAGAUCACAAACCUUUUAAAUCUCAAACCAAAUAAUAUUUGUAUAAAAUAGUAUAUUAGAAAAUCUUUAAAAAUAAGAUCCUUUUAUAAGUGAGACACUGAUACGUAAUGUAUGGCUAUCUUCCUCUCACUAUUACAAUAUUCUUGCAUAAAAACGUAACAAUUUUUAUGCCUUAAUUUAAUAUUUUGAAAAAAUGAUAAUGUUUUAGAAAGUGUCUAAAAAUUAAAAACAUCUUUAUGUUAGUCAUGUUUAAGACUCAAAUUCCUGCCCUAAAAGAUGACAUUUCUUCCUAUUUUAAUUAAAAAGAAAAGUAUCAAAAUUUUCUCAUAUUCUCUUAAUGAUCUGAGUUUUUCAGAAUCUCUUGUAAGUAGUGUUGUCUAGUCAGAACUCAAACUGUGGUUACGCUGUGCGGGAUGUGUCGACAUUUUUUGUACGGCUUUAAUACGACGCCUAAAACUUAUCUGGUACAUCGAUUAUCUUCGGCAAACAUCGUAUUAUCUAUAAAGUAUUGAACAAGCUUCGUUGUUUUAUAAGUUCAAUUUAUUGGGUACUUUAUAUGCCUUAGUUUUUGAAAGGAAUAAUUCAUAAAUCUUAAUUUAUCAUCUAUAAAAGUCAAACUAUCUUUUGAUUUAUUCAAUUUGACUACAGAUUAAGAACCAGUCUUUCAAAGUCAGUGUAUAAAAUAAAAUAUUUUAUUUACAUAAUUCUACACGAAGAAAAUACAGUACUUGAUAAACACGAAGUUUGCCGAAGAUUCCGAAGCGUUAGUUGUCGUAUAUCGCCGCUAGAUGUCACUAUAACGUCCCUCGCAGCCGACGCGCGAUAUAGUCAGUCGCGGAAACGUUGCAUAUCGUAGUUUUAAUUGUUUUUUCUUUGAUUUUUAUUAUUAUAAUACCUCCCCCGACUUUCGUAAGUCAGUUGACCUUUACUUAUACAACGUUUGUUAUUUUGUCUCUUUCACUCUUUGGUUAAUGUAAAAGAUAGAAAGAGAUGGAAUGAUAAUUUGUAUGAGUAAAGGUUCUAGUUUUAUAUUCAAAUGUUAUUUUAGUUAUUUUGACUGACUAAAGUUAAGUUAUGCUUGGUCGUUAAGUAUUGUAAUGUGGUUAAAAAACAGUUUUUGUUAUAUUGGUUCAAGUUUUAACUGAAUUUUAAACUUAAUUGUAAAGUAUAUAAGCCAGAAUUAGUCUUAUGGCGAAAAUAUUUGUUAAUUGUUUAAUUGUAACCGUAAAAAUGUGUUUAAAAAAACAUUACGCUAAUCUAAAAUUCUUAGCAAACAUUUUUGCUAAGCGUAUUCAUGUAAUAUUAACAAAAAUGUCUUAAAAACAUUGUAAAUAGUAUCUUAAAAGCAACGAACACCAAAUGUUAGUGUAGCUAUUGUUAAAAAAAAUGUUUAAAUUACCCAAAAUGAGGGUACUUUUUAAUUUCAUUACUACAUAGUUAAAUUUCAAUACUGGCAACUUUACUCCAGCUUUUGUUAGUUGUUGUAUAUCUAGCCAGAACGAAAUAUAUUGGAGAUGAUGAAAUUAAAAUUUGCCCAAAAUGAGGGUAGACAUAUUAUUAUGGUACAAAAGUAAUAUUAAUAGAUGAACGAGCAAGUGUAACUGAUAGUGUUGACGGACCGAGCGGUGUGACCCACUGCAAAAAUAUAUUGGUCAACUAUUUUUUGAAAAAUAUUGUCUGUCCUUUCUGGGAAGGAACUUGACUAGUCAUAAAAUUGAUCUGACAGAGAAUCGUAUUUCACUUUGAAUCGAUUGCUCCCCAGUUUGGUCAAUUUAUGACCUGUCAAAAGGUUGCUCCUCAAACGGACAAGUGUUAGUUGGAAUAAUACUGAGUGUUGGUAAACCCUAAUUCGGUUGGUAUUGUAGUUGGUAAUUGUUUUGAUGUUUUUGGUCGGUUUUGAGUUGUCAAGUUCUCUGGUAUAAAAUAACAGAUGAGUAAAGUAAGUAUAGAAACAGAUUCUCAAAGGCUAAUACAAAAAAUAAUUGAUCUACUUUUGCAAUGUGAUGUAUAAUUGUCUGUCAGUCUUGGUCACAUCGCUCGGUCCCUCCUCGCUCAGGGGUCGGGGGUCCAAAUACCUAAUUACGUGGGGUUGUGGGUUCGGCGCGCGCGCGGUCAUUGUCUUUGUCACGUUACAAACACGCGUCGACCGCUGUGUGCCGAAAUCAAGCGUUUGGAAUUUAGCGCCAUGUUUAAAUUCUUUAACCAAAGUUUUUUUUAAUGAUUUUAUUAUUAAAUUUUUCUGGUGUUU